GGUGAGGCGGGCGCCAACAUCUGGUCACACGGAGCCUCGAAGCUGGAAGGCUUCACUGGGGCUGCCGACUCUGUGCGCAGCGCUGCAGGCAAUGUGCACCCCCGUGCCGCCCGGCAUGAGCACGUGAGCUUGACAGAGGAGAAGACGGUGCACGAGGAGGCGGUGGAGAAGUCGCAGGUUGUGCCGAACCUCGAGGCGGGACGGGAGGAGAACAGGCAGACGGCGCACGCCGUGGAGUCUGAGGCUGGCCUCGGGCAGGGGCGCACGGACGGCAGCACAGCGAAGCACGGCGCACACGUCGUGAGGAGCCCCGAGAGCAGGAGCAGCAGUUUCGCGGAGGGCGCGACAGUACAGCACAGCGCCGAGACGGAUGUUGCAGACCAGUUUCUCGACUUCAUUGAAUGGUGGUCCAGCAAUGCCGCGCAACCUGUAUCGGUCGAGUGGAGUCCCGUCGGGGAGGCCCGGGCAGCAACCUACAGGUGUGGACAGCGCGUCAUCGAUCUAGCGCAUGUCACUAAGGAAGUUGCCGAGAAAAUGCUGAAGUUGACGAACGAUUUAGGGUUUUUCUUUGUUUCUCUUCCCCAAGCCACGCGGAUAGCCAAGGGGCUGUUGCAAGAAAUGGUACGCCAGGACGGCCUUAUCGAUACGUUGGAGAAGGGAGACUUGGAGUCGCUGGGAGGUUUUGCGAGUUACGCCCAGGCUGCCAAUUACGCAAGAAUGAUGUACAACGAGGUGCAAAAGCAGAAGGCCGCGCUGACUUUACCCCUUCAGUACGGCGAAAGCAUGGCCAAGACAGUCCAGGAGAUUGGUGCCUUGAUCGGAGCCCCGCAGCCAGCCGCACCGCCGCCCAUUUUAGAACAAGUCCGAGGUAUGUCCAAGGAAGGGCAGGCCGCCCUUUCAAGGGCACAACCCCAUCUCGCUGGACUGCAAGGGGUUGUAAGCACACUCGGGAUGCCGAGUCUGGGUGUUGAGAUUGGCAACGUGAACGGCGAACUAGGCAAACUGGAGGUGCAAUUUCAACACGCGGAGCGUCACGCAGAGAAGUUGCAAUCAAAGACGACGGGUGGUUUGAUGUUGCAUGGUCUCGGAGUUAUUGCAGACAAGAUUCAAGGAUCAGGGUUGAGCCCAGAGGACCAGAUUAGCAAGAAACUUGCUGAGAUCGGAAAGAACAUGGCCAUAUACACCCGGAACUUACUUCGUAUGUAUUUCGAUUUCGAAAAGAAGUUGGUUACCUACAAGGACCAGUUUGUACAAGCAGUUAACGGUGUACUUCACAUUUUUACGCAGCUUGGAGUGCAAGUGGCAGACUUCUUUAACCAGUUGGCGAGAGCUCAACUCGACAGUGCGCAACAGAUGUUGAGCCCCACGUGCCAGUGCGAGCUGGUUCACCUUUAA